GCAGACGCGCCGCAGACGCCGCGAAGCGCGCGCACCCCAUGCCCGUGCGCAGUUCCCCUAGUGAAGUGAUAAAUGAAUCAUGACGUGUUCGAACCACGUCCGUUCGAUGAUGCUGCUCGGCCUGCUGGCGGCGGCGGCGGCGGCGGCUGAGUUCAGCGCGGCUGACAGCUCCUCGCUCAAGCACAUAGCCAACGUGUCAUUCGCCGCAGAGGAGCCGAUGGCAAGCGGGUCCGCGUCGAUGUUCUCGCCGCGGAUGGACUUCGAGCAGUGGCGGCCGCUGACCGGGCGCGGCGACCCGCUGCGCAACGACCCCACCUACGACUACGAGCCGCCCGUGCUCGAGCGCGUGCACUACUGGGCCGACGACACGCGCCUCGAGAGGGAACACUACCCCGAAAGGAAAUCCGAAGUACUCAUGCUCGGAGUCUCCUCCCGCAAACCCAGCCUGGGCACCCGGCAACCCCUCCCCUCCCGGCGGCCGCACCGACCCCCGCCCCCCAAGUACGAAGACUUCCAAUACAAACUCCACGACCACUAUCCUAUGACUAUCCUCGUGCCGCCGCCACCUCCGCCGCCGGGCCACAAGGCUCCGCUCUUCGUCCUCGAUGAUAAACUGCCUCACCAGACCCCACACCCGAAACCGGAACCGCAAACGAAAGAACCCACCACUAACGCUCCGGAGCAUCUUACGUCAUUGUACGCGCUACAGGAAUCGAAUUUGAUCUACCAGUCGUCGACAACCAAUCAAAAUUGGAUACUUAACACCAAUCAAACCAAAUCUAACUACAGCUCGGUGAGCAGCGAUUACGCAGGCUGGGGCCCCACCACGCCGCUCGACGAGAGCGACGUCAACGACACGCUCAACUUUAUCCUCAACGACCACUUCGACUUGUCCAAACAACCGUACGCGUUCUACAAACCAGUGUUGUCGGAAGCGCCUCCUCCGCCACAGAAAACUCUUAAACCGAUGUUGCUGCCCAUGUUCGUUCCCACGGCUCUUCCGCCGACCGACACGCCUGCACCUGUCGCACCGAUCACGAGUUUCACUGACGCUUCAAAUACUUGGACAGUCUCUGAAUCCACUACGGAGACUGUGGAAUACUAUGAAGAUACGACAACCGACAAGCAAACAUACUUCCAGCCGACUCCCGUCCCCACCACGGCGCCUGCCCCUAGACCGACUCCUGAGAAAACUUCAUUGUUCGAUAUGUUAGGCUCCAUGAUGAGCAUGCCGCUGGUUAAUGGCCCUGAGCGACCGGAGGAUAACCUGUACGCGCACGCGUCUAACAACAUUCAUGUAUUUAAGGAAACCGAAGACCCGGCCAAACUAGAAACCAUGCAAACUAUGCAACCGCCGCCAGUUACAAAAUCUACAGAAGCCUCUGCAACACCGGUCAAACAAGCUCAACACCUAAAUCCAUUCAUCCCGAGUGGCUUCACUCCGAGACCCCCGCCGACUAAUGUUCCAUAUUUGCACCUGCGACAGACCACUCCGGUGACUUCUACUGCCGAUCUUUCAGAGCGAAAACCGACAACCGAGGUACCUUCUGUGCCGUACUUGAUCAUACAAGGACAUUCUAAAGUCAAAACAUACGGAUCGAAACCGAAACCGAUCCACAAUGAUGCAAUUAGUAAUGAGAUCCCAAAACAAAAUGAAACUAACGAAGUGAAACACUUACACACCAAAGAAAAGGUUAGGCACGACAAACCAUCUGCGUAUAGAACAAGCAGAACACAGAAUUUGCAAGCGCUGGUGGAGAACGGAUUAGGUUCCAUCGAAAUUCAGGAAGCCAACGUGGGUAUAAAGUAUGACGUCAGCGAUGGAAGCGAUGUUCCCGCGGAGAUAUACAGAAAGGGAAUCGUAGACAGCGACGUCGACAUAGAUAAUUACAAGAAGAAAGGCAAGAAAGAGCCGCGUAAAAAAAGGCAGGUAGAUUUGGAAGAUUUGAUACCUUUCGACGAGGAUACGAUAGAAGAGUUCGUGUUUGACUUUCUGAGGAGCCGCAAGAACGACACGGGCGUGACGGGGCUGAUCGCGCAGGCGGUGACGAGCGACGCGGCCAGCGCCGUGGUCGACGACCUCGACGACGACGACGACGAUGAUGAUGAUGAUGAUGAUGACGAUAGAUGAGCGUAGCGAAUGAGUGUUUAGGUAAAUUAUUAAAAUGUAGUUAUUGUUAUUAUCGACUGACCAUAUUAAGUUAUUUCUGUUAUUAAUAUAGUUAGAUAGAUUUAUUU